UUCCAUAUCCCGCAGUUUGCGCUGAAACCUUUCCAUAACAUUUUCUUCUGUAACCCUUUUGUUCUCAUUGUCAGGUUCAUUGAAGCGUUAAAAAUAAUAUAUAUAUGGAGAAGUAUCUGAGAGAAAACUUUGACGUUGAAUCGAAGAACUCUUCCGAUGAGGCCCUUAGGAGAUGGAGAUCCGCCGUCUCCAUGGUCAAGAACCCUCGCCGCAGAUUUCGCAUGGUGGCUGAUCUCGCCAAACGUGCAGAAGCCGAAAGAAAACGAAGAAAACUACAGGAAAAGAUACGAGUAGCUGUAUAUGUGAACAAGGCAGCACUGCAGUUCGUUGGCACUAUAGAAGAUAAGAAAACUCAUUACAAGCUCUCCAAUGAGGUCAGGGAUGCUGGUUUUGGCAUUGAACCUGAUGAACUAGCAUCCAUUGUUCGAACCCAUGAUAGCAAAGGUUUGGUAAGUCAUGGAGGACUUGAAGGAUUAGCAAGAGAGCUCUCUGUGUCUUUAAAGGAUGGUGUUGUUUCAAGUGACAUACCUCUCAGGCAAAAUAUAUAUGGUUUAAACAGAUAUGUUGAAAAACCUUCUAAGAGUCUCUGGAUGUUUGUCUGGGAUGCACUACAUGACUUAACUCUAGUUAUUCUCAUGGUUUGUGCCGUGAUUUCUAUAGGUGUUGGAAUUCCGACUGAAGGUUGGCCAAAGGGUAUGUAUGAUGGGGUAGGAAUAUUACUUUGUAUAUUCUUAGUAGUGCUUGUCACUGCAAUAAGUGACUACAGGCAGUCUUUACAAUUUAGGGACUUGGAUAAGGAAAAGAAAAACAUAAUUAUUCAAGUCACCAGAGACGGAUAUAGACAGAAGGUUUCAAUCUAUGAUUUGGUGGCUGGUGAUGUUGUUCAUUUAUCUAUUGGAGAUCAAGUUCCUGCAGAUGGUGUUUUCAUUUCGGGCCACAGCUUAUCAGUGGAUGAAUCUAGUUUGUCAGGUGAGAGUGAGGCAGUGAAUGUAACCCAAGAAACGCCUUUUCUUCUGGCAGGUACCAAAGUGCAAGAUGGGUCUGGUAAAAUGCUAGUGGCAUCAGUUGGCAUGAGAACAGAAUGGGGAAGAUUGAUGGUUACUCUAAGUGAAGGGGGAGAUGAUGAGACACCACUGCAGGUGAAGCUUAAUGGAGUCGCAACCAUUAUUGGGAAGAUAGGUUUGGCUUUUGCUGUGCUAACAUUUUUAGUUCUGACUGGAAGGUUUUUAGUGGAUAAGGCACUUCAAAAUAGGAUCACAGUGUGGUCUGGUAGUGAUGCACUGAAGCUUUUAAAUUACUUUGCUAUUGCUGUGACUAUACUAGUUGUUGCAGUGCCAGAAGGACUACCACUGGCAGUGACACUAAGUCUUGCCUUUGCCAUGAAAAAAUUAAUGAGUGAUAAGGCACUUGUGAGGCAUCUCUCUGCAUGUGAGACAAUGGGUUCUGUGAGUUGUAUUUGCACGGAUAAAACAGGAACAUUGACAGCAAAUCAUAUGGUGGUGAAUAAAAUUUGGAUAUGCCAAAAAACUACUGAGAUAAAUAGUAGAGGAAGUGAGGAUGUACUGAAUAUUUCACUCUCAGAAAAAGUUCUUAACGUCCUUCUGCAGUCGAUAUUUCAGAAUACUAGCUCAGAGGUUGUCAAAGGGAAAGACUUAAAGAAAAACAUCAUAGGUACUCCAACCGAGACUGCACUAAUGGAGUUAGGCAUGCUUCUUGGAGGUGAUUUUAAUGCUUAUCGUGAAGAGGAUAACAUAGUGAAAGUUGAGCCUUUCAAUUCAAAUAAAAAGACGAUGUCUGUGCUUGUGGCUCUUCCUGGAAGUGGUGGAUUUCAAGCGUUCUGCAAAGGUGCAUCAGAAAUAAUUUUAAAAAUGUGUGACAAGAUUGUUAAUGCUGAAGGGGAAGCCAUCCCGCUAUCUGAAGAACAGAGAAAGGACAUCACAGAUGUCAUAAAUAAUUUCUCUUGUGAAGCUCUACGAACUCUUUGCUUGGCCUUCAAGGAUAUAAAAGACAUUUCUAGUGCAGAUAGCAUACCUGAAGAUGGUUAUACAUUAAUAUCUGUUAUUGGAAUUAAGGAUCCUGUGCGUCUUGGGGUAAGGGAAGCGGUUGAGACUUGUUUAGCUGCUGGGAUUACCGUGAGGAUGGUCACUGGUGAUAAUAUUAAUACUGCUAAAGCCAUUGCUAAGGAAUGUGGUAUCUUGACAGAAGAUGGUAUAGCAAUAGAAGGGCCAGAUUUCCGCAAUAAGAGCCCACAGGAGAUGAAGGAGAUAAUCCCUAAACUUCAGGUAAUGGCUCGAUCACUGCCUUUGGAUAAGCACACCCUAGUAACCCAUUUGAGGAAUGUGACUAAAGAAGUUGUGGCAGUGACAGGUGAUGGGACCAAUGAUGCUCCUGCAUUGCAUGAGGCUGACAUUGGACUUGCUAUGGGUAUAGCAGGAACAGAGGUAGCAAAAGAAAAUGCAGAUGUUAUCGUCAUGGAUGAUAACUUUUCCACUAUAGUGAAUGUCGCAAGAUGGGGUCGUUCAGUCUAUAUUAACAUUCAAAAGUUUGUACAAUUCCAGUUAACAGUUAAUGUUGUUGCUCUCAUGCUCAACUUCAUUUGUGCAUGCGUUUCAGGCUCCACUCCUCUCACAACCGUACAAAUGCUUUGGGUAAACUUAAUCAUGGACACUCUUGGCGCCUUGGCGCUGGCUACAGAACCCCCACAUGAGGGGUUGAUGAAAAGACCCCCAGUUGGGAGGGAUGAAAAAUUCAUCACCAGGAUCAUGUGGAGGAAUAUUGUCGGACAGAGCAUCUUUCAAAUUCUUGUCCUUUUGAUUUUUCAACUUAAAGGGGAGCAGCUUCUAAAGCUCACUGGCUCAGAUGCUGAUUCCAUUCUCAAAACAUUCAUAUUCAACUCCUUUGUGUUUUGCCAAGUAUUCAAUGAGAUAAACAGCCGCGAUAUGGAGAAGAUAAAUGUUUUCCGUGGCAUCUUUGACAGUUGGAUUUUUUUGAUUGUCAUUAUCUCCACAGUAGCAUUCCAAUUCAUAAUAGUCGAAUUUUUAGGCACUUUUGCAGAUACCGUGCCACUUAGCUGGGAAUUGUGGUUAGCCAGCAUCUUAAUUGGAGCUGCAAGUUUAAUUAUCGCUGUUGUCCUUAAGUGUAUUCCUGUUCGAGAGAGCAAGCUCAUUGUUGAACAUCAUGAUGGUUAUGAACCACUCCCUACAGGUCCAGAGCUGGCAUGAAAGACUAAGAUGGAGUUUGUAAAGCAUUUAGUGUGUGUUUGGAUACCGCUUAUUUUGCUGAAAACUGAAAAAUUAUUGUUGAAAACAAUAAAAAUAAUAAUUUCUGAAUUACUGUUUACUACUAAAAACACUGUUCAGCACUGUAGCUUUGCCUUAAUGCCAAUGGCGACUCCAAGAAUAUUUUUAGAGGGGUUAUUCAAAUUUGUGUUGAAGAGGUUGAUAAGGAGCUCUUAGUAA